AUGCACAGCUCCACUGUGAUGGCAAUUGGAGCUCUCUCCAGCUCUCUUCUUGUAACCUGUUGCCUGAUGGUUGUCUUGUGCAACCCAACUUUACAUGUACAAAACUUUACACAGACUCAAGACCAAGAGGACAUACAGACUAACCAAGAGAAGAAAGGACAUAUAGCACAGGAAAUUCAAAAUCAGACAUUCAUGAGUAAAAUGACUGAAAACAGAAUAGGAAAGAAUGAGACCACGAGAGACUGGAAAAGUAAAGGAAAUAAAAGUGUUUCUAAUAAAGAUGUUUUGACAAAGCAAAAACAAACUGUGAACAGUCAAAGUGUGAGUAGUAAACUGUGGACCAUGCCAACACAAAUACAGACAGAUGUCCUACAGGAUGAACCCCUAGAGGAUGUAUCAAUACCAGAUGUUGUAGCUACUUCAGAAGCACCAGAGGAAUAUGCUUAUCCAGAUUAUCGUGGAAAAGGUUGUGUGGAUGAGAGUGGAUUUGUGUAUGCUAUUGGGGAUAAAUUUACACCAGGACCUUCAGCUUGCCCUUGUGUUUGUACUGAGGAAGGACCACUUUGUAGUCAACCAGAAUGUCCCAGGCUCCACCCACGGUGUAUUCAAGUGGACACCAGCCAGUGUUGUCCAUUGUGCAAAGAAAGGAAGAAUUACUGUGAGUUUCGUGGAAAAACAUACCAGUCCUUGGAAGAGUUUAUGGUUUCUUCCUGUGAAAAAUGUCGCUGUGAUGCUAGUGGUGAGGUAAUGUGCACCGUUUCAGCGUGUCCGCAGACGGAGUGUGUGGAUCCUGUGUACGAACCAGAUCAGUGCUGUCCCAUCUGCAAACAUGGACCAAACUGUUUUGCAGAGACCACCGUUAUUCCAGCAGGACGUGAAGUGAAGACAGAUGAUUGCACUAUUUGCCACUGUACCUAUGAAGAAGGCACUUGGAGAAUUGAGCGCCAAGCUCUGUGCACUAGACAUGAGUGCAAACAGAUAUAA